AUGGUUAACCAUUUGUUACUUGGUAAAAAAUAUCAGCUGCAGAUUCGAGAGCGCUGUCAAUGUCUGGUACUUUCCGACGACCAGCUGCGUCAAAUGAUGGUAGCUCUUGAAAAAAGCAUGGAUGAGGGUCUGGCGAAGGAAACUGCUUCUACAGCUGCUGUUAAAAUGCUGCCGUCAUACGUGCGGGCUGUUCCGAAUGGGACAGAGCGUGGGCAGUUCCUAUCGUUGGAUCUGGGCGGUACAAAUUUCCGUGUUCUUCUCAUUCGACUCAGCGGAAAAGAAGCCGAAAUGACUGGAAAGAUUUUCCGAAUACCGGAAAGCGUCAUGUGUGGAACUGGUGAAGCCCUUUUCGACCACAUCGCCGAUUGCAUGGCGAAGUUCAUGACUGAAGAAGGCGUGAAUGACGUCGCGAAACUCCCGCUGGGCUUCACGUUCUCAUUUCCGUGUGAACAAAAUGGUCUAACAAGCGCAAAACUAAUAAAUUGGACGAAAGGCUUCACCGCCAGCAAUGUCGAAGGGGCCGACGUGGUCCGUUUGCUUCGUGAGGCUUGCCAGCGACGAAAGGAUAUUGAUAUUGACGUCGUUGCCGUACUAAAUGACACUGUCGGAACGCUGAUGGCUUGCGCUUUUAAGGAGAACAACUGCCGCAUCGGUGUUAUUGUGGGAACGGGAACAAACGCUUGCUACAUGGAGAAACUCGAUCUCUUAGAAAAGAUUGGCGACGAAAUCAAGGGCGAAAAUGUAUCCGAUGAGGUGAAGCAUUUAAAAAAUCUUGUUGAUAUGAUCAUCAAUACGGAAUGGGGGGCGUUCGGUGAUGACGGUGUGAUCGACUGGAUUAUCACUCCAUUUGAUCGGCAAGUCGACGCACUCAGUAUCAAUCCUGGGAAGCAAUUAUUCGAGAAGAUGAUCUCUGGAAUGUAUAUGGGCGAGUUGGUUCGGGUAGUGUUAGAGGCAUUAGCCCAAGAUGGACUACUCUUCAAUAGUAAAUUCGAAGCAAUUUCACGCCAUGGGUGCUUUCCAACGAAGUUCGUCUCCGAGAUCGAAACCGAUUUGCUCGAAGAUGAUCUUACGUUUCAAAAGACCUUCCAAAUCCUGGAAGAUAUUGGAGUUGAGAGCGUGUCAAGCGCUGACUGCGAAAACGUGGCCUAUGUGUGUCGUGUUGUCAGCACAAGGGCAGCGCAGCUGACGGCGGCCGGCAUCGCGACGCUCCUGAAGCGGACGGGUCGUCGUGAAGUAACGGUCGGACUGGACGGAUCUGUCUACCGCUUCCAUCCGUCAUUUCGACAUCUGCUUGAGGAGAAAAUCGGCCAUUUGAUUACUAACGACAUUAAGUACCAGCUGAUGCUCUCGGAGGACGGCAGCGGUCGUGGUGCCGCUGUGGUGGCCGCGGUCGCAAGCCGAAUGAAGCAGCAGCAGCAGCGGCAGCUGCAGCAGCAAUAA